ACUUCGACAGACUCACUCUGAAUUCUUGCCUUUGCAUGUACUGUUUUCUCUGGCAGAAAUUCCCUUAUACUAUUUCUUUGCCUGGCAAAUAAACUCCUACUUAUCCCCCAAGGUCCAGCUCAAAUGUCACCACUCUCUAUCUACAGACUUGUAGAGGUGGCAAGGUUCUAAGAAUGGGACAAAGAAACAAACUUAAUCAGUCAGUUAUUUGUUGAUGUGAUAGUGAGCCAGGUACUUCUCCGAUUUUAAGUUCCUCCUCACUCCCAAUCACCCCCUCCUUUUUUUUUUUUUGCAAAAUAGGAAUGAGAAUUGCUGCCUCGACAUCCCUUGUCCAGGGAAAUUGAAAAGAUCAGUGAGAUAAAAUAUUUUCUAAAAUGCAAGUCAUUUUAUAUAUUUAGUUUUGUUGUCUUUGCUGUUAACCAUUGCUUAGAUUUUUUUUCCCUAUUAGUUCAGCUCGAUCACAGUGCAGAAGUCAACUUUAGAGGCAUUCAAAUAGGAAUUAACCCCCCUACCAAUCCCUUUUUCUUUCUACAGUCGCCUUUUUUCUCUUCUGUGUACCCCUCCCCCCACUUCCCCCCCAGCUAGCCUUUAUUUCUAUUGCGUCCUGUUUACUUUGAAACCAGGUAUCCAAGGUCACUGCUUGAUUUUGCAGGUUCGUUUUACAGUUGAAGAGGUUAAGUCAUUUAGUAACGCAGGGAGGCAGGCGUGGGCUGGGAUGGGUAAUCCUAACAAAAGUCCGCAUUCUAAAUUGUAAAGUUCUGGGAGCUGAGAAGUCAGACUGGCAGAGUCAUAAACCCCUCGCAUAGAAGCGAGGACGCCGGAACCCCAGGCUGGCGGGCACGGUGGCGGGUCCGGAAUUCCGGGAGCGGAGCACGAACAAGCGAAGACUACAACUCCCGACGCGCACUGCGGCCAAAGCUGGUUCUAUCGCUGCUUGCUUCUUCAUUCUUUCCAUUUCUUAACAAUCCACACCACUGUCUAGGAACUACGAAGUAGUAAUUACAGAGAGGCCGUAAGCUUCUUUGGGGGCGCGGGUGCUGGGAACAGCUUACGGAAUGCUUCUCACUCCCUGUCUCCUUCGCUCAGGAAUUGCGGAACCCGUCUUCCAUCUGGCCGGGUUUCUGGGGGGACAGUAAUUAAACUGACGUUGUGGCGCGGCAGUUUAAUUCUCCGGCGGCGGCUGAUUGAGCGGGACGAGAUGGUCCUGACCGGGCUCAUCAGGAAACUCGGUCAUCAGCUGGCCGAGAUCAGGGAACGCGCCCUUAGGAAUAUUCUCUGCAAAGUUGAGCACAACUUAAUUUGUUGUGCUGAUCUAGUUCAGGAGAGGCUACUUUUCCUCCAUUUGCUGGAAUGGUUCAAUUUCCCGUCUGUUCCAAUGAAAGAAGAGGUUCUGAGCCUGUUGAACAGAUUGGUUAAGUAUUCCCCAGCAGUCCAGCAUUUGGUUGAUCUUGGUGCAGUUGAAUUCUUAUCAAAACUUCGUUCUAAUGUGGAGCCGGAUCUGCAGGCUGAAAUUGAUGGCAUUCUGGAUGGACUUUUUGUUCUUCCUUCAGAAGUUCCUGAACUGUAUUCUGCAUCUGAUCAAACCAGUCAAACUGGUAACUCUUUGAAAUCGUCUGAUGAAAUCAAAUUGCCACAACAGCCUGAAAUCUUAACAGGAUAUUUUCCUCAAGACAAGAGUAGUUUCCAGCUGGAAGUGCCUCCACAACCCGUGGCAGCAAAUCCGACCGUGAAGUGCCUGAAGUUUUCUACCUUCCCUUGGCUCCCCCUGACAACAGCUGAUAGGCAUGUUCUCUCCUCUAAUGAAAGCUCUUUAAGAAGUAGUAACCACACUUUAAUCUGGAAUACCUGUGAACUAUUGAAAGAUGUUAUCAUGCAAGAUUUUCCUGCUGAGAUUUUCCUUCAAAGGCCAAAAAUUGUUCAGAGCCUCUUAUCUCUGUUGAAACUGGCCUUUGGAGGAGAAGGAAAACAUCGCCUGGCAUUACAGUCAGUUUCCUGCUUGCAGCAGUUGUGCGUGUAUUUAAGAAACAGACUUAACUUUCACCGAGAUCCAAGUUUUUUCUCUAGUAAACAAGAUACAGUUUCCCAAAAUUCUUCUCUGUCUUAUUGUCAUGAAGCAAGAGUUACUCAUCAUUCCCAGAAUCCUUCUCCUGGAAGCAGUAGCCCUCGGCCUUCUGUGGUUGGACGCACAGGCCAGCGACCCAGAGGAGAUGGCCAGGAUUGGGAUGCAGUGUCUUCCAGUGGAAGUAGCAGUCAUGCUCAUGUCAACUCAAGGGUGUCUGUCCAUUCACCUUUGGACGUGGUGCAUCUGGGCCUGCCAGGGCUGGAAGCUGAGGAUGCCCUGGAGCUGCGAUUCCAGCAGCUUAGCCUGCCUCAGUUCUGCAUCUCCAUCCUGGAAUCCGCUGUUCCCCUCUUAAAAACAGGUAGUAGACAGAUGAUAAUAAGAGUUCUGGAACUGCUUGCAGAGGAUAUGAUACUUAUUGGUGAAGCAAUUUCAGCAGAUAUCUGGGAUGACAGCAGCCUUUUUGCUAUAGAUAUGAAGGAGAAACUUCUCACGGUGUUGGGAUCCCUUGGGGACACCAUGUGCUACCAUAAGAACAGCAUCAGUUUGGAACAACCAGAGGCAGUGCUAGUGCACCACAGGAUGGCCUUUGUCAGCAUCUCGCUGUUUGCAGUCCGACUCCUGCAGACGCUUCUCCCUGUUGAAAAGGCAAGCCACUUUUUACCGGAGCCUAUGUCAGCUGCAUUAUUUCUAGUUUCUUUGGACAUGCCUGUUUCUUUGGAAUAUCCAAAUAUUCACGAAGCUGUUGUGGCCUAUUUGGAACAGCUGAAUUCUGAAAACUACAGUAUUUAUAAACGAACUGCAGAGGCCAUUUAUUCAAUUGAGUGUACCUGUAACUUCCUGUAUGAUGUUGGAAAGGAGGGAGAGAAGAAUCUCUUAGAAUUAGUGGAGCUGGCAGACCAAGCCUUACGUAGCUUUUCCUAUCAUCAGCAUUUCCCUCUAGUAAAGGAAAUCAUCUUCAUUUGUUCAAAGAUCUGGAAAUCUGCACAGGCCAGUCCAUUACUACAAGGAGAAAGUCAGAAGGUGUUUCUGCGUAUGUUGUCUCACCCAUUGCUACAAGUGAAAGUUAAAACUUACCACUGCUGUCUGGAAGUAAUUAAGGAAUGUUUAGGCAUCCAUAAUGUCAGUAAACCUGUGUCUUCACUUUGCAAUGGAAUUCAUUUUCUACUUCACCCAAAAGUUCUGUAUGAAAUCUCGGCAUUUGGCAUUCAAGAGCCCAAAAGUGAGGUUAGUGCUGCUGCCAAGGCCAUCCUGAUGCAUCUGCUGCAGGGACGCUUGAUGAUGACAGCAUUGACCUGGAACAAGUUUAUUGAGUCCCUGUGUCCUGUCAUCCCAGUACUGCAGGGCUAUGCUGACACAGAAGAUCCUUUGGGUAACUGUAUUCUCCUCCUAAGCAAAGCGAGUUCUGAGGACGGUGAAGGGGCUCUUCCCUGCACCACCCGGUUGAGAUCCAUGCUGCGACUCCUGCUGGUGAAAAAACCCUCAGUCCGGGUGCUGGCAUUAAAGCUUUUAGCAUGUCACCUUACAAGGGAAGAGGGGGCUGAUACCAAGCGCCCUUCAAUUGAUGCCACAAUUCUCUCCAGAGUUACUAAUUUAUUUAUUGUGAAAAAACCUAUUGAACUCAAGUUGGAUGACAGAAGAGAACUGAUUAUUAAGUUGGAGACUGUUGAAAAAGUAUAUGAAAUCUUUAUCUCAGAUGAUAUUGAUCUUGUUUUGAGAAAGUCAGCCGCAGAGCAAUUAGCUGUGAUUAUGCAAGAUAUUAAGAUGCAUGCUGUGGUGAAAAAAUUACAGCUAAUUGACAAGAUAAUUGAGUAUUUGAAUGAAUGUGUUGGUCAGGAUGGUGAGGUGGUAGAAUGUUUGGUACAGCCAAGUCUCACGCUCCUGAGGAAGGUUCUUUGUGCAGACCCAGCCAUACGUGUUUCCCUCUCACAAGAGUCUUCUCUCUUGACCCUGUUAUUCAGAGUUUCCUUGAUAUUUCAUGAAGAUUGUACUGUUGUCACUGAAGUUGGAGCAUUAUUUUGUCUUCUGUUAUUUGAUGAAGUAUCAAGAAUGGAUAUGUGGUCUGAUAAUCCUUCCAAUAAACCUUCUUCACCAUCAGUCUUCAGUCUGCCUGUUUCAGUUUCUAGAAGGUAUCACCUACCAGUCCUUGUACUUGGCCACCAUGCUGUGAGUCCAUACUCCAUAGUUUUGCCAUUAUCUGCUGAUUGUUUAGCCUUGAAGCCGGUCUCAGAUAUGCUGAGAAUAGCUUGGAACCUAUCAUGGUAUCAUGGGAGUGAUAAUCUGUUGAAGCAGAUGAACUCUGAAACUAAAAUCCAAGAAUUUUUAGAUUCAUUAAAGUUAUCCACUGAGGAUGCCCUUACUCUGAAGAUGACAUACACAGCCAGUGGGCUGAAGGACUGUCUCCACUCCAUUGCGCAGGCUGCAGCCCACAGGGAAGUGAGGACUGCUGUCACAAGGAUGAGUUUUUAUCUUCUGAAUGACAGAUUGUCCUUCACGGGUGGCACUGGCCCAUGUGGGGUUACCUUGAAGUCCUUGUCUUGGCACAACACACUAAACAGGUUUUUACAAGUGCUUCCUGCUUGCACUGAAGAUGAGAAACUGCUAAUAGACAUCAUACAUUUUCUAAAUAAGUUAUUGAAGGAACAAAGAAAAAAUGUGUCCGUAGAACUUCUAAACUGGAUCCUAGAAUUACUUCUUAGACAUAGUCCAAAUCCACUCUUGGACCUGCUGGUUCUGACAGAGUCACAGGCACGAGAGGAAACAGAUGACAUCCGCACGGCUGUCAGGCAGCAGCUCCAGAAAGAAUUGAUGGCUCUUUUCAAUACCUUGCUGCUCAGUUUCGUGGCUGUUACUGACAGGAAAUGCUUGGAACUUUUUUACGUUUUCCAAACGCAGCUGGCUCUGAAACUGCUCCAGUGCCUGAGAGUAACAGAUGCCCCUCAUUUCUACGGGCUGCCCUCACUUGAGAGGACUUUACGUGGGAUGGCCCACCUCACAGCAUUUCCCGGAUGGAGCUCACACUCUCCUCUCACAAAGCCACUCGAAAUUUGUGUGAAGUACUUGUCAGGUCUCCUCGAAGUUAUUACUUCUUUUUAUGUGGAGCGUGGGGGAAAUGCUAUGUCCUUCAUGGGAAAAGGUGUCACAAAGAGCACGGUUCUUUGCUUGCUUCACUUAUCCCAUGAGAUGAUGGCCCAGGCCCAGAGCUCGGAGUGGAUGUCACUUUGGUUCUUGCCUUUAGGUGGUCAUAGUGAAGAACACGUGCCCACUCAACAGGGGUUGGCUUGGUUGAUUCCACUGUGGGUUGAUCGAGACCCAGAGGUGAGGUUCACUUCACUGGGAUUAGGAUCAGCACUGACCACCCUUGAAACUGGCUGUGUGGCUUUGGCAAAUAGCUGUCAAAACAUUUCUGGUGGGCUCUGGGGAACAGUGCUGAACAUUCUUCUGGACCAGUCAGAAUGUAGCAUGGUGCGCCGGGAGGCUGCAUUUAUUUUUCAGAAUCUCCUUGUAAUUCCAAUGCCUUCAGUAGUUAUAAAGGAUUAUACUUGGCAGGGCCCUUGUGUCCAUGACGAGGACUCUGGACUGUCACUCAUAGGAAAACCUGCCCUUCAGGCUCUUUUAUAUCACUGCCAUUUUUAUGAACAUUUGAAUCAGAUGGUAAAACAUUGUUACCUAGGACGAUAUAAGUUUGAUUUGAAUUGUUCUGCUUUAAAUGGGACUUCUGAAGGCAAUGAUAUAAAUGGUUUAGAUGACUCAUUCAAGUUUUGGAGGGCUCCAUCUAGGUUGUCCAAUCAAGAUCAAGAUCCAAGUUCUCUCUCCACCUCAGAAACAAUGGUGGCAACUUCAUCAGAGAGUGCCGAGCUUCAACUGCCUGGGCUCUCCACAGCACCUCUCCCUGAAGCCCCGCACGACCAGUUUGUGACUCAAGUAAUAGGUCAGCAUGAAACUGCAUCUCCACAGCUUCUUCCUGAUUCAUCCAUUUCUGCUCCCCUGCCCAGACAGUGUGUUUUUGUCACUCCGCCUCUUCUUUCAGCCAUGUGCAGCCUCUUGGACAGCCUCUUGGUGACUGCUCCAAGAGAUACCGCAAAUGCCCUCCAACAAACUCACCUCAUAGAGCUUCUCUGUAGUAUGGCAGAUGCCUCUCUCAUAGAGAUAAGCGUUCAGGAGCUCCAGGGCCUGCUGCCUGUGUCACCACCUGUUGAGCACACUCAGGCUCAGGUGUCCUUUCUCCUCGAAUACCUGUCCUCUUUGUCCAGGCUUCUUCAGUCAUGUUUAUUGGUAGAUCCUGACCUUGUGAUUCAGGAUGAACUUCUGAAACCUCUUAUCACAAACAUCAUCAGAGUUCUCACCAUAUGCACCAAAGAUAUAUUGGAUGUAGAGGUAAUAUCAGCUUUUUAUCAGACAUGGACACAUUUAUUUAAUCUUCUGGCUGCACUCCUGAGGAAAGCUGGCCCUGCCUCUUUCCCGUCUAUCACGAUGGGUCUGGCCAGGUACUGGGCGGCAGUGAUUGAUGUGUUCUGCAAGUGUGUGGGUUUGUCCAUCACAUGCCCUACCCUAUACACUGCCAGCCUGCAGUUUCUUUCUAUUCUUUUGACUGAAGAAGCAAAAAGAUAUGUCCAGGAUAAGGAUAAAACAAGUUUAUGUCGCAAUCUGACAAUGGCUUCACUUCUUGAUAAAACUCAGGAAAAUCAGAAAUCUCUAGAACAACUUAAUGAAGCAAUUCUUCAGUGCUAUGAAGGAAAAUCCUCCAAAGAUAUCCUGAAAAGAGUUGCUGCAAAUGCAUUGAUGUCUCUUCUGGCUGUCAGUAGAAGAGCACAGAAACAUGCUUUGAAGGAUUUUGGUCUUUCAGCCCACCUGAUAGACAGCUGCGUGGAGCGAAUGAAGCACAUUCAUGCACAGCUGAACCUGGAUUCUCUGAGGCCUGGGAGGGCAGCCCUGAAGAAAAAGGAGGAUGGUUUUGUUAAAGAGUUAAGCAUUGCCAUGCAGCUCCUAAGAAACUGUCUUUAUCAAAAUGAAGAAUGUAAAGAAGCAGCUCUUGAAGCUCAUCUUAUCCCUGUCUUGCACUCUCUCUGGCCUUGGCUUUUGAUGGAUGAUUCACUGAUGCAAAUUGCCCUGCAGCUGCUUUGUGUCUAUACUGCAAAUUUUCCAAACGGUUGCAGUUCUCUCUGUUGGUCCAGUUUUGGACAGUAUUCUGCUCCAGCUGCACACCGAGGGGCCCCCAGUAGCUCCCUGAUGCUGUGUAUCCUGAAGUUGGCUGCCCAGGUGCCUCUGGAGAACACCUCAGUCCAGCAGUUGGUUUUUAUGUUUCUCUCGAACCUGGCCUUGUCUCAUGACUGUAAAGGGGUAAUUCAAAAGAGUAACUUCUUACAGAACUUUCUAUCUCUAACAUUGCCAAAAGGAGGAAAUAAGCAUCUCAGUAAUGUGACCGUUCUUUGGUUGAAGUUACUCCUGAAUAUAUCAUUUGGAGAAGAUGGGCAACAAAUGAUUCUGAGGCUUGAGGGCUGCUUGGACUUACUCACAGAGAUGAGCAAAUUCAAGCAUAAGAGCAGCCCUUAUAUACCCCUUCUUAUUUUUCAUAACAUUUGCUUCAAUCCUGCCAAUAAGCCCAAGAUCCUGGCCAAUGUUGUAAAGUACAGAUGACCAUAGGUGCUACCUCACAGGGCAGUGAGGCAGCCUGUGUGCAGUAUCUGUUCCCAGUCCCGCUCUCAACUGUCAGCUCUUCACCUUUCUCAGAGGAAGUUUCUUCUCUGGGGACUGCCAACUGCAGUUUUAUUACUGAGAGGGUAAGAGGACAAGCUUUAGGGAACUGAAGGAGAAUCUGCUUUUCCCAUUUCUGGAUCACUCAGGAUUUAUUUUUAAGCAUUUCAUUGUAUUAGCAUUCAUUCUCCUCCAGUACCUAAUGGACAAACUUUUGAUAAGAAAGAGCUUCCCAACCCCACAGAUAUGAGAUCAGGAGCCUUCAGGGCAGGAGCGGGGGCAGCAACUGUGCAGUUUCUAUACGGACGAGUCACAGAGUCGCCUUCAUUUCCACCUGGGGAAUCCAGAGGGAGGUGCUUGGCAGAAUCCGUCAGCUUGAACACCUUCCAGAUAAGGUGGCAUGGCUGGUCUAGUAGCACCCAGACAUCGGAUUUAGAUGGUCAGGAGGAGAGUGGGCAGUGGGGCUCGACUCUGCUGGGAAAAGCAGAUCCAGAGGACUCCUUGUUUCUGGUUAUGCCAGGCUAGAUCUCCUUUGAACAUAACAAAAACUUACUAGAUAAAUAAAGUACAUGAAAAUUCACUUAAAAAACCAAAGAACUGAAAAGAUAAUGGGAAACUUCCAGGUCAAUUUUGAUUAAAGAGAGGUAAGAAGUUUGUAGAAGUCUCUUUUGUUCCAAGGGCAUUUGCCAGCCCUGUACACCUGGGCUUCUGUCUGGUCAAGUGUGAGAUGUCAGGACCCAGGAGUCUUGUGGACCAUCCUGCAGGUGUUAAGCUAGAAUCCCAAAGAGCUAACCUCUUAUAAAAGGAUGAAUCAGAAUUAAAUUAAUACCCAAACCUCAUCCAGGUGACUACAAAGAAAAGAAAAACAGGUGAGGUAUGAGGAUGAGCACCACAGACCACUCUCACAGCUCCGCGCAUAGACUAAGUGGCCUGUGACCUUGGUUGGAGCUGAUCUUUGAUUGACAGUGCCGCUGGGGUCUUAGCAGAAGCAAACUGCCCUUUGAUGGAUGGAGGACAAGUUCAUACUAAGCCUCAGGGAACCCCUACAAAUAAUUUUUCAAAAGCAUUAGCCAGUACACAGUUAAAAGAUGACCAAGGAAACAGGGCAACAUGAGUGAGAACCAGCAGGGGGAAAAAUACCAACUUAUCUGCCUAGACUUCAGAUGUUGGAAUUAUAAAACACAGAUUUGAAAAAGACUUUAAUUAUACAAUAUUUAGUUAAAUAAAUGACAAAUUUGAAAGUAUUUGCAGGAAAUAGGAAACUGAAAAAUCGAAAGGUUUGGAAAAAAAAACCGUAUAGGACCUCACUGUUGAGUAUGAUAAUCAGCCACUAAUAGAUGUUUAAAUGUAAAUUAAUUAAAAUAUUCAAUUUGUUAGUCGCAUUAGCCACAUGCGGCUGUUGGCUAGCUUGUUAGACUGCACAGUUUAGUGCAUUCAGUGGGGUGGGAGUGGUUAAUGCAUAGAGAAUGUUCCCAGUAACAAGUGUUUCACCCUAAAGAAUGCAGUGUGCUUUUAAAGUCACAUAUUUUAGUGGAAAAAUCAUUUGAUAGAAUUUAAUGAUAUAUGAAGUAAUAAAAUAGAUUCAUGUAUUUUUCUGAAGCACAAAGGCUGUGUCCUUGGGGCUAGACUUCUCUACUUAUUUAAAGUGAGUAGGCUGCUGUGGAUAAUUUCUAAGUUUUCAUUUCAUACUCUGGCUGGCUUUGCACAAAGAGGGCCUAUCUUAUGUGUUGUUAUGCCUUUAAAUAAUUUUUUUACACAUAUACACACAUUCCUUUAAAAUGUUUAGUGCCUUCUUAAAAGCCUUAACCGAUAUGAUAUUUCUUGAUUAUCAUUUUAUAUGGUAGCCUAUGGUAUUGAUAUGUUUGUAGAAUGUCUUUAUAAUUUAUCAUAAGUGCAAAAACUUUUUCUGCAUGCAAAAAUAUGAACUCUGAUUGAACAACUCAUUAACAUGACUCAUUGUGUAAUUAUAUAUUUCUGCACUGUUGAUACCUUUCUUUCUUUCUUUCUUUCUUUUUUUUUUUUUUUUUUUUUUUGU